AGGAUAUGUAGUUUGUUUUUUCUUUAAAAAAAAUGCAAUCACAUCCAUACUUUAAAUCAUAAUACCCUUCGUUGCAAUAGGCCCCGAUAAAAAUUCGCCUAAAAUGGUGCCAGAAUCGUAGCAUGAUCGCAUGUGACCGACGUAAACGAUGGAGAGUGGCUGGAGGUCAUUUCCACCUGCUUUUGUCUCUCUCCCUCUCGACGUGUCAACUAAAUCCACGGGAAUCACCCUCUCCAAUCUCCAUUCGAUCCUUGUGUAGCAACAGAGGGGCGGAUUUCUCUGCGCUUGAGCGUCUUAAGGGCUAUUCUUGAUCACAUCAUCAAGGCACAAUAAUGGCAUUGCGAGAAAAGGUCCUCAAAAAGAAAGCAGAGAAGUUUGAAUUGAAAGAAUUAGAGAGGAUUAUACCAAAUCGAGGCAAAUUACUUGUCCUUGAAAAACUACUUAAUGAAGCCUAUUUAAUUCGUAGGCCAAAACCAAGUGAAUAUGAACAUCGAAAGCAACUAAUUCGAGUUUUUAAUGAAAUAGCAAGGGAAUUAUAUGGUAAUUCUUCUGGUUGUCCUGUUGUUGAAGAAUUCGGUUCUUUUUCAAUGGAUCUUUUUACUACUGGAAGUGACUUAGAUCUCUCAGUCAACUUCAAAAACAAAAACAAUAGUCAAUCAGUGUUCCCUCGAGAUCAGAAAAUUAAAGCACUUAGGAAGUUUGCAAGAAAGUUUUAUGCACUUCAAACUGGAGGUCAUGUACGAGGUGUUCAGCCUGUUCUCUCUGCUAAGGUGCCUAUCCUUAAAGUUAUUGAUGCUGGAAGUGGUGUUGAAUGUGACCUUUCAGUUGAAAAUAGAGAUGGAAUUUCAAAGUCAGCUAUAAUUCGCUUAAUUACUUCAAUAGAUGAAAGGUUCAAAAAGCUAAGUUUCUUGAUGAAAGCAUGGGCAAAAGCACAUGAUAUUAACAGUUCAAAAGAUCGAACUCUUAACUCUUUAUCCAUAAUAUUAUUGGUUGCUUUUCAUCUACAGAAUCGAGACCCCCCUAUAUUACCUCCAUUUUCCGAGAUAUUAAAAGAUGGAGAAGAUGUUGCAUCGGUGCAGAAAUCAGUUAGAAAAUUUCGAAAUUACGGUAGUAAAAAUACAGAAGCAUUAGGUGAACUGUUGGUGUCGUUUUUACUCAAGUUGGCAUCUGUUGAAAAGCUUUGGCCGAAAGGUCUUUGUGCGAGUACUUAUCUAGGACAAUGGACUUCUAAAACUUGGGCCACUAAAAUAGCAAGCAUGAGUGUGGAGGAUUUCACGGAUCGAACCCAAAAUGUGGCGAGGGCAGUGGGGAAAUCAGAGGUGGAAAAAAUCUACAGUCGCAUCCAAUUUUCCAUUCAAAGACUUUCUUUAUUCAUGAAUGGUGAAAUCCAAGAAUCAGUUUUAAAUGAAUCUUUAUUUGGCAUCACCAAUACAUUGCACCACCAUCCCCCGCUCACCACCACCACCCCAAUGCAACCAAGAGCCGCCCAAAGUUGGCUACCAAGACCACAGCCAGUUGGCGGCCAGUGGGGUGGAAUGGGAACCCAACAUCAAGCCAUGGGUUCCGGUCAAGAAUGGUCUGAUGACCACCCACCCAAAAGAAUGCGGGUGGCGGCAGACAGUGCACCGGGAACCCAAGGUUGGGGUACUUGGGGACCAGAAUUGGGAGGACAUAGUCAACCGGCUAAAAGAAUGAGGGCGGCAGAGGGUGCUCCGACACCACCACCACCACCGGGAACACAAGGUUGGGGUAAUUGGGGACCACCCGGGUGGGGUGCUGAGGAUUAUAGGGGAAGAAGGGUUCAGCAACCAAAUGGUCCAAGGAAUUGGCUGCCGCCGUCACCACCACCACCGGUGGGCGGCUACUGGGGUAGACCACAACAUGAAGCUAUGGAUUUCGGUCCAGAAUGGGCGGUGCAAACGUUUGACCACCAACCAGCCAAAAGAAUCAGGGCGUCAGAGGGAUCAAAAGGUUGGGGUUCUCAGGGUAGUUCACCACCAGCAGUGGAUGGACUUGGGUUGGGUGAUGCAACGAGUAAUGGCUCGGGUGGACCACAACAAGAAUGA